AUGACUUCAGUAAUUAGAUCAGAGACGAUAGAAGUGCUAGAAGAGGAACCAGUGACAACUAAGACUCAUGAUCAUCCACUGGAAUCGGAUCCCAUCCCUGUGGAAGUGUGUAGCAAAUCACCUGCCUCCCUGGAGAUGACUCAAGGCGUUUCAGAGGAAAGAAUUCACCUUGGCUCUAGCCCUAGAAUAGGGGGAAGUUGUGAUCUCGGCCGCCAGGAAGGACUUCAGUCCAGGUCCCUUCAUUUGUCCCCCCAAGAACAGUCUCCCGAUCGUCAAGACAAGAGUCAAUCUUGGCGGCGAGCAAGUAUGAAAGAAAUGAGCCGGCGGAAGUCACUGCCUGCCUUUCAUCAGGGCAUCACAGAGCUCAGCAGAUCCAUCAGUGCCAACUUAACAGAAAGCAAACGGCUUGUCGCUCUCCUGCUUUCCAGUUUCCAGUUCUCUGUUCAGAAACUUGAACCUUUCCUAAAGGACACUGAGGGCUUCAGUCAUGAAAGUUUUAGAGCCAAAGCAUCUUCUCUUUCUGAAGAAUUGAAGCAUUUUGCAGAGAGCCUGGAAAGUAAUGGAACUCUACAAAAAUGUUUUGAAGAUUCAAAAGGAAAAGAAUCAGAUUUGUCUCUGGAAACAUCAGUGGCUGAAAUGAAGGAAUACAUAACAAAAUUUUCUUUAGAACGUCAGUCUUGGGAUCAGCUCUUGCAGUACUACCAGAAGGAGGCUGAAGAGAUCAUAUCCAGAGGAUCAGCUGAAACCAAAGUUACUGAAGUUGAAGUGGAACCUGCAACAUAUCUUGGAUCUUCCCAGAGUGAAGUCCUUAAUACAAAGCCUGACUACCAGAAGAUAUUGCAGAACCAAAACAAAGUCUUUGAUUAUAUGGAGUUGGUGAUGGACGAACUGCAAGGGUCUGUGAGGCAGCUGCAUGCUUUUAUGGAUGAAAGUACCCAGUGUCUCCAGAAGGUGUCAGUACAGCUCGGGAAGAGAAGCACACAACAAUUAGAUCCCUCUCCAGCUCGAAAACUGCUCAAGCUUCAGCUACAGAACCCACCUACCACACACUGCUCUAAGUCUUGUCAGUGACUUCAUGUAGCUUUCCUGCAAAAGGUGCUCCAGAGGAGAGAAAUGGGAAGAGUGCCCCAGCACAUGGCAACUGCGUGGCAGUCUGAGCUGGUGAUAGCUGCCCUGUUGCCUUUGAGGAUAACGGGCUGAAUGUAGGG